AGGUAACUAAUACAACCAUGAUGAAGAUGUGUUUCAGUGUAUAAGAAAUAGUGAAAUGAAAAUAGCAGUGAAAUAUUUAGCGUGGGAUCUAGAAACUUGAGCGCAAAUACCUAACUACGGCAAGUGAAAUAGGACAUAGCUAUUUUUUUGUGCAUCCGUUUCUGCACUGUCAACGCUUGGCUUGGUUGUUGGGCGGAGCUGCUGGGAACAAUGAUGUCGGAGCAGGAGGCUCUGAAGUGCUCCAGCGCAAGAAACCGUGGAGGAACGCAGCGGGUUGAAGGGAAACUGCGAGCCAGUGUGGAAAAGGGAGAUUACUAUGAGGCUCACCAGAUGUACAGAACCUUAUUUUUUAGGUAUACGUCACAGGCAAAGCAUGCAGAUGCCAGGGAGUUGAUGUACAAUGGUGCCCAGCUCUUCUUCAGUUACAACCAGCUAAACAGUGCUGCAGACCUGUCAAUGUUGGUACUAGAGUCUUUGGAGAAAUCAGAGGCAAAGGUAGAGGACGAAGAGUUAGAGCACCUGGCUAAGCUGUUCAGUUUGAUGGACCCUAACUCCCCAGAGAGAGUAGCAUUUGUGUCCCGCGCACUCAAGUGGUCCACAGGCGGCUCGGGGAAGCUGGGCGCUCCCAAACUGCAUCAGCUCCUGGCAGUCACCUUGUGGAAAGAGCAAAACUACAGUGAGUCUCGCUACCACUUCUUGCACUCCUCUGAUGGAGAGGGCUGUGCCCAGAUGCUGGUGGAGUACUCGGCGCAGCGGGGCUUUCGCAGUGAGGUGGACCUGUUUGUGGCGCAGGCCGUCCUACAGUUCCUCUGUCUAAAGAACAAAAACAGUGCGUCUGUGGUGUUCAGCACAUAUACUCAGAAACACCCCUCAAUAGAGAAGGGCCCUCCCUUUGUCCAGCCCUUGCUCAACUUCAUCUGGUUUCUCUUGCUGGCGGUGGAUGGAGGGAAAUUAACAGUGUUCACAGUGCUAUGUGAACAGUAUCAGCCUUCCCUGAAGAGGGACCCUAUGUAUAAUGAGUAUCUCGACAGAAUAGGUCAGCUUUUCUUUGGGGUGCCACCCAAACAGUCCUCAUCAUAUGGUGGAUUGCUCGGAAACCUGUUGAACAGCCUGAUGGGCUCAGGUGAGGAUGAGGAGGGAGAAGAAGCACAUGAGGACGGCAGCCCCAUCGAGCUGGACUGAGAGCUCUGGGGCGAGCAAGGAUGACCCCCCCCCCCGGGGUAGCAGAGGUGUGCUGGUCCCCAGUUCCCCCAGACAUCCAACCAGAACAAAAAGCAGGCCAAACCAUCCCACUCAGCACAACCUGGACUGCGCAAAAAUGCAAAUGCUUUCCGUUUGAGUUUUAUUUUGGUUUUAUUUUCAUCGUUUUUGUUUCUUAGUUUUGGACAAUUUUCUGUGUAGUUUUGGUUUUUAAAAAGGAAAAGGUAAGCAGCUGCGAUCCUUCCUUCCUUCCUUCCUUCCUUCCUGGACUUCUUAUUUUCUCUCAUCCCCAGGGACAGAACAGAUUCAACAGUGGCUGCAUAUUCAUUUGUCAUAAUUAACUCAUAAAAUAACAGGGAGUAGUACUUUUUCUCCCCAUGCACCAUGCAUCCACCACAGGUGGAGGUAGUAAUUUGUAUUAAAGAGUUACUAUAACCAACUUGUAAUCCAUGUAAAUGUUCAAUAAUAAUCAAGAGUGAUAGGGGUGUGGUGAGCUGCAUGGUGUAGAGUCAGUGGAGAGAGAUAUACAGGUAACUGCCAAAAUAAUGGAAAGACUUGAGUAAAUGAGGGAUAGAAGUGUAUUGAAAGCAAGUGCACUAACAUCACAUCAUGCUUGGGGUAAUAUAUAAAAAUGCUGGUCAGGCCAUUAUUUUGGCUACCAUGGCUAUUUCCCCAUAGGAUGACAAUGCCCCCAUCCACAGGGCACGAGUGAUCACUGAAUGGUUUGAUGAGCAUUAAAAAGGUUUAAACCAUAUGCCAUGGCUGUAUCAGUCACUAGAUCUCAUCCCAAUUGAACACUUAUGGGAGAUUCUGGAGCGGCUCCUGAGACAGCGUUUUCAACCACCAUCAACAAAACACCAAAUUAUGGAAUUUCUCGUUCCAGACAAUAGAAUCUAUGCCAAGGUGCAUUGAAGCUGUUCUGGCUUGUGGUAGCCCAACGUCCUAAUAAGACGCUAUGUUGGUGUUUCCUUUAUUUUGGCAGUUACCUGUACCUGUCGGGCAUCGUAUACCUGGCUGCAAACUAAAGCCGGAUUUGACCACUAUUCAUAAUCUGUUAACGUAUGGGAGAUUACAUGUGUGUUUAAAUUGACAGGAGUGGAUGGGUAUGCUCAGAUCAUAUAUACCUGGCUGUGUGUGUGUGUUGAAUGUAUUUGGCAUGUUCAUGUGAAUGUGAGUCAGUUCCGUUGAAGUCUUCUAUAUCGGGCGUCUUCCCCCCCAGAUACAUUUUCAGUUUGAGUUGGGUGACUGCUCCAUUUUGUCGGUCCAGAUGUUUGACUGAGAUCAGACGGACGAAGGGAAGAUUAAACAACUUGAAAGAAACAAUCCCAGCCUACCAUAGUAUUAUAUUGUCUAUAUCCAGAAGCUUACAUUAUUUAUCUUACCGGGUUGGGCUUAAAUGCAUACUCCAGUAUCCAAAAUGAAUAUUCCUUUACAUACAUGGAGUGGUUGUUUAAGUCAGUAAUUUGACAUUUUCUUCUGCUACUGUACAUGUUUUGGGAAUUUCUUGAAUUCAUGUUUUACAGGUUCUUAUCUGUUUUGGAAUUAUAACUGCUGUAGAAAUUCUCAAGGGUGAAACUUCCAAGCUUCUCUACAGCCACCUCGAGAUGUUUUGUUAUUAUAAAGUGAAAUCCUUGAUAAUAGUCAAGAUGUCCAUUAGGGUGUUACUACUAUAACAUCUCUCUGCUUAAGAAAACAAGUUAAUGCCACUGGUUACAUAAGUAUGCACCAACUCCACAAAAUAAGUAGCCUGGAUAGCAAAAAGGUCUGAAUCUAAUAUUCCUCCUGCUGUGUGAGUCGUAUGUACGGUAAUGCACAGAAUGUUGAGGGAAUGAUACCAGAGUUGUGUGGAGUAUGUGUGACCAAAGGCUUUUAGACAGACCACGGCUCUGGCGGGCUAGCCAGCAUGUUGAACAUAACAUUUUGUUUUUGAUAGUUUCAUUUGAAUGCAAAUGGGGGUUGUUUGCCUUUUAAAUGUUUCACUAAUUGAGUAAAUAAACAACUGAUGAUA